AUGAUACCACUCCUGCUGCUUCUUAGUCCAUGUCUUCUCCUCCCUGGGACGGGGGCAAUAUCCUUUUAUGUGCCUCCUUAUGGCAAGAAGUGCUUGAAGGAGGAAAUUCAUAAAGAUGUGCUUGUGACUGGCGAAUAUGAAGUGUCUGAACAACCAGGGGUUUCGUCAAACCUUAAGGUAUGUAUUCAAUCGUCAUGGAGUUAAUCUCUUGUCCUAGGAAACGUUUGAUGACGAGUAGGGGCAGAAAUAUUAACAUGAGGUAGGUUUAUUGCCAUGCUAUUAUUCAUCCCUCAUCACCCCAGUGUAAAGUUUCUGUAUAUAUGGAAUCAGAAUACUGUGUUCCUGGGAUCUUGUAUUUAUACAUCUGCAAUAUGUAUUGCAAGGAUAGGAAAUAAAUACAUCAUUUGGGAACAUAAUUGACUAUUUUUAUUGUCGAAUAAUAUAUUAAAACAGAAUUUUGAUGCUUUUUUUUUUUUUUUUUUUUUACAUUUUUUGACACAUUUUAACAGCACAAUUUACCAUGUUUUAUGCACUAUUUUAAAGGGCAAUGGAAAUUCAAGAUCUGAAUAUACAAAUUGGCUUAACACCCAUGAUCUCUCUGUUGUUGCAUGAGUUUAUUGAAAUAAUUAUUUUAGAUUCAGUAUGCCAUGUAAAUGUAUUUUACCUGACAUGAAUCCUUGAAUCUAGUCCUUAUAGUGAUCUAACAAAGUGUGGCAAAGUCUGUUGCAGCACUGCAAAAAUGAAAAUAAUAUAUCAAACAGGGAAAAAAUAUAUCCUCUCAACAUUGAUUCAGGUCCACGGAAUAUUGUGCAAGGAAAAUAAUUGUUUAUAUUGAAUUGAUACGAGAUUAGCUGUUUGGCUUGGGAUUUGAAAUUUCCAUUGUCAGUUCUCCACAAUUCUGUAUAUUAGUAUGUAGCCACAUGAGUCUUAAACAGGAACCUGCCUUUCCUUGUGAUAGUGGGGGGAAAACCCCCAAAACAUUUUCUUCUUUGCUGCAAAAAGUACACUUAAGUAUUUUUGUUGUUAAUCACAAGAAAAUUGCAAGUAAGUAAAACGUACAAGGAGGAGAUUAAGACCUUAAUGCAAUUCUUGCUGAAAGUUCCUUACCCACAAGCCAUGGUCCUUUUACCCAUUCACUGACAUCUAAGACCAAACAUGCCAUACUAGCUUGUUGAGUGCUUUACAGGAAUUUGCACACAAUUCUGGUUCUAGUCGUAUGUAAAAUUCCAACCAUGCAUACUCUGAUAGCCCCCGUUCAUUAAUAAAGUCAUGCAGCUUUAUCUUUUGUUAUUUACAGUGUAUGUUUUGAAAAUCGUCAGCCUCGUCCAGGUUUUAGUCCACCUUAUACCUUGACAUCGCUGGUGCACUGCAGAUGUGCAUGAUAUUUGCACAGCACACUCACAUAAUUUUUUUUUCUUUGUGCAAUAAAAGCAUGGUUAUGUGUUGGGCGCAUAGAAGACGAUUAUAUAGAUGAGUGUGGGUUUCUUUUUUUAUUUUCACAUCACAGUUCUCUUCACAUAUAUUUUGUAUUAUUUAUUAUUGCAUUGGAUUUUAAAUAUGUAUGUAUAAUAUGUGCAAAGUGUGUGUGUAGAGUACAUCGGUGAUAUUUCUGAUUUUAUAGGCACUUCCUUUUUAAAACCUUCCUGUUCAGUAUCAUCAUGCACAAGAUGAGGGGAAAACAAUAUACACAUACACACCAGGGUGUGAUUGGUGCUGCUGGUGAUACAAGUGCUGCUAUUACCAGUGCCCAUGUCACUUAUAAGGCAUAAAACAUGUAAAAAGAAAAUAAAGGUGACAGCACAUCUUAUACAACACCAAAAUACACAAGUGAAGAGAGUAUACACGUAUACAGGUAUGUUUCCAAGUCUGGGUACAAUCUGCAAGAACUAAGACUUCUCAUAGAGUAGUAUGCAAUUUACCAAUAUAAUUUAUUAAGGGCAAUAUUAUUUACAGCUAUUGAGGAGCUGCAGUAUUGAGGAGAAAGUUGAGAUGAACAUUUGCCACAAUGGAGGAUAUAUAUCAAGCGAUUGGAGUUUGAGCCUGUUGUAUAAGGCUCUACAGUAUGUGAGUGAAUUUUCUUUUGCCUUCAGUAACCUAUGCUGGUGAAUUGCAUACCACCAUAUGGAAGGUUUUUUUCCUCUGUUUUGUUCUUGUAUUUGCAGAGUGUACUCAAAUUUGGAGUAUAUCAGUAUAUACUUACAUUUGUGUAUUUGGUGUGGUAUGAUGUGUGCUGUCACCUUGGUUUUCUUUUUACAUCAUCGUGCACAGUAUGAUGACACUGAAUGCAGCCGAUGCUUGUUCAUGAGACACAUUAGAUUUAAGAUUUAAUGCUUUUCUGUAUACGAAGCCUUGGAUUGGAUCAAGAUCUUCUGUCAUAAUGAUCUCAGAAGAGGCGGAGGAGCUGCUGCUGAACACUCUAAGGUUAAAAAUAAAUAUAUACUGUUCCUUUAGCUUAAUGGUUUUCUAAACCAGUCCUCACACCUCCCCCCCACAUCAGUCCAGGAUUUAGAGACUAACCAGUUGUCUUUUUAAAAACACUUAAGUUAAGACACAACUGGGUGAUGCUUAUCUUGGACUGGUAGGGGUGGGGCAUGAGGACUGGUUUGGGCACCACUGUUUUAGACCAUUGACUAGUGAAUUCACUUUAAAUUCCGAACAACUUCCACUUUAGUGGAUAGCCCAUUUAGUUUGUUAGGCCCAUAAGCAAAAAUCCAUAUUCCUAUUUCAUUUGUAAAUAAAUGUAUUGUUGGCCUGUGUGUUGGAACUUAAGUAUAUCAACCGAUAAGUGUGGCUUUCAUAGUUCAAUUUCUUUUUUCUUUUAUUCAGGUGACUGAUUCUUCAAAUCACAUUCUUUAUUCUAAAGAGGAUGCAAAGAAAGGAAAAUUUGCCUUUACUACUGAUGAUUUUGAUGUGUAUGAAAUCUGUUUCGAGAGCAAGAGUCAAACAGGUUUGUUUUCCUUAAGUAUCACAUAGUUUUGAGGGACUCUGUUGUUUUGUGCAUACCAACAUUUACAGCAUAAAUGGCUGUUCUUUCAUAAUUUUUCUCAUUUAAAAAACAAAAAAACAAAAAAAAAACCUGCAAUAAUUAGCUCAUGCAUUCUUUAAAAAAACAAAAAAACAAAACACCAAUUUGGUAGAUGUAACUAUUAUAUUAAUAUAAGCACAAUACACUACCUAAAAGGGUGGGUCUUUAACAUUGUAAAUAAUAUAUUUAUUAAAGGACCACUAUAGGCACUCAGACCCCUUUAGCUUAAUGAAGUGGUCUGGGUGCCAGGUCCAUCUAGGAUUAACCCUUUUUUUUUUUCAAGAGUGGCUGUCUCUCGACAGCCGUUAGAGGCGCUUGCGUGCUUCUCACUGUGAAAAUCAACUGUCUGAAUGUGCGCGCGGCUCCUGCCGUGCAUGUGCAUUCAGCCGAUGACAUCGCUAUGGAGGAGGAGAGCUCCCCGCCCGGCGCUGGAGAGCCUGGCGGGAGGGAGACCCUGAGGGUGGGAGCACCCUCAGGGCACUAUAGUGCCAGGAAAACAAGUAUGUUUUGGUCCUUUUAAGCAUUUUUUUUUUUUUUUUUUUAAACAUGGUGAGGAGUUAUGUUUUUUGAUAUUCCAUAGAUUUGACUAACCAAAACUUUCUUCUCAUUUUUGCUCCAGGUAACCUUAGAUUUCCAGACCAGCUCAUUAUCCUUGAUGUCAAGCAUGGUGUAGAAGCCAAGAAUUAUGAAGAUGUAAGUACAACACACAUUCUAUCAUAUGAACUUUAUUGCAAUAUCUGAUGCACAAAGGAAAUCCUCUCCAUCUUCACUUCUGUAUUUUGCGAUCAAUUUUGUAUUCAUAUAUCACGUCUGAAAUGCACUAGCCUUCAAAGACUUCUUUCGACUUCCCUAUGCCUCUUUUUGUUCUCACAUUAAUUUAACAUUUUUUAUUCCAUGUAAAACAUUCCUGAGUUUUGUACCCUGUGUCUAAUUAAACCUUUGCCAAAAACUUAAUAGAGAAUGCUUUGUUUCUGAACUAUAGCUGGCCAAAGCUGAGAAGCUGAAACCUCUGGAAGUAGAACUGAGACGGCUAGAGGAUUUGUCAGACUCAAUUGUAAAGGACUUCACAUACAUGAAAAAGAGAGAAGAGGAGAUGAGGGAUACAAAUGGUAACUAUAUGGGAAGCAAAUGCAAUGCAGCUCAGUGAGACGUCUUUACAAGGCAAAUGCUCUUGAGUUUAGCUCCACUGAGCUAAACAAUCAGGAAGUAACAGGACUAGUUGUCUGACAGCCAGGGGUUGUAACCGGGUUAAAUUAUAAAAGUGGUCAUUUCUAUUAAAAUCUGAACUUUUUGUAAAAUGGAGAAAAAAAACCACUUGUCAUGCAUAAAGCACUUCAGCAAACUAAAUGGCUUUAGGGGUUUGGAAUGUUCCUUUUAAGUGUAUCCUAUCAUUUCACCUUCUGUUGGUGGCAUUGAAAGCAAAAACAUGUCAAGUCACAUAUAGUUAGGGUUUUUUAUUUUUAUUUUAUUUGGUUCCCUUUUCAGCUAGUGUAAAAUGCUAUUGGAUUUUGUUGAAUCUCAAAUUAUAUCUUUUGUUAUGCAGCCACCAAUUUCUGCAGUUAAAUUGUAUUAAGUAAUUUGCCCAUUGUGGUACAUUACGCUCUUGAAAAAUUUCUGCACCUUGAAAUAUUCUAUACUUUCUUUAUUUCCAAUAUUUUCUAAACAUUAAAUCGGUUAAAGAGACUCUCCACCGAUAUAAAAAAAACAAAACAAAUAUUUCACUAUUUAAUAGAUGUUACAUAAGAAACAAUGCAUGUAUUUUUUUUUUCUGCAUGUUUUCUUUGGUGGUUUAUGAAUAUGCUGCAUGCAAAAACUGCAUUUCUGCUCCUCCCCUUUAUACCUUUAUACUUUGUCUGUGCCUGCGAAUUGACCAGUCUGAAGCUUCUCAAUGUGAAGCCUCUGUGGUUAAGUCAGGAGUAAGUGUGCACGUGCCUGUACAUUGAUAGACCUAUCAUUGAGCUGUUGCACAGCUCAUUGAGAGGGAUUAUCAGACAUGCCUGCCACUUCUUUAAAGGAUCACUAUAGGGUCAGGAACACAAACGUAUUCCUUACCCUAUAAUGUUAAAACCACCAUCUAGCAUCCCUGGUCCCCUCAUGCCUCCCUACAAAUAGCAAAAUAAUACUUGUUUUCAAGUCUGGAACUGCUAGCUCUGGCUCUGUUUCCUUUAGACCUGCCCACUGCCUGCUGACAUCAGCAGAAGUGGUAGCCUGAUCCAAUCACAAUGCUUCCCCAUAGGAUUGGCUGAAAAUGACAGAGGCAGAUCAGGGGCAGAGUCAGCAUAAGUCAAACACAGCGCUGGCCAAUCAGCAUCUCCUCAUAGAGAUGAAUUGAAUCAGUGAAUCUCUAUGAGUAAAGUUAAGUGUCUGCAUGCGUCAGAGCAUCUUUAAAACGGCAAGUAUUGUGAGAUGUUCUCAGUAUGCAGUGGUCAGUAACUACCAAUAGUGGUGUAAGGAAAGACAACUGUUAAACAGGUUUUUAGGGCCAUGGGCGCCCAAGGCUCAUUGAUGCACAUUAGGAACAAAGGCUAGCCCAUCUGGUCCAAUCACACAGAAGAGCUACUGUAACUCAAAUUGCUGAAAAACUUUAGUUAUUUUAGUGAAUAACCCUGAAUGAAAUGCUACAAUGUUGUGAGUAAUAUACUCAUUUUAAGAAAAGGCCUCUGCCUACUUUCGUCUACACUAGCUUCUAAUAAGAGUAAUAAUUGUUAAUAGAAAUAAAGGUGGUAGGUAACAAUAGGUGGAGGGUUGUAUGUCCAUUCCCUUGACCACAACCACAUAUAACCAGAUAAGUAUAUCAUUUUUAUUUUUAUCCCAUUUUUGCAUAUUAUGUUUUUAUUCCUAUCCAUUUCUUUUAUUAGAAGUUACUAUUGACGAAUGUCGGUAUAACUCUGCUGCCACUCAAAGGCAUUUCUCAAUAUUACAGUAUAUUAUUCACUACAUUAUAUAAAUUCAUAUAUUUUGCUUGAGUAUCAACAGCACUCUUUUGGUCUCUAUUGGUACUUUAAAUACAGUCAAUAAAGAUUAAGUUUUAUUAUGUAAAAAAAAUCCCCUGAUAUACUCAAACAUUCUCUGUUAUAUUCUUGUAAUUCAUAUAUUUGUUUCCUUAAAGGACCACUAUAGGCACCCAGACCACUUCAGCUUAAUGAAGUGGUCUGGGUGCCAGGUCCAUGUAGGGUUAACCCUAUCUGCUAUAAACAUAGCAUUGAGAAUGCUUUCCUAUGGACUGACUGAAUGCGUGUGCGGUGCUUGCCGUGCAUGCCCAUUCAGCCAAUGAUGUCCGAAGGAGGAGAAGAGUUUCCAGCGCCGAAGGGGGCCCGGCGCUGGAGAAAGGUAAGCGUUUAACCCCUUCAGCCCGGCGGGAGGGGGGCCAUGAGGGUGGGGGGGACCUAUUAAUACUAUAGUGCCAGGAAAACGAGUUUGUUUUCCUGGCACUAUAGUGGUCCUUUAAAUACAUGGACAAAGCACUAAAAUUGUGCUAUUUGACUUUGGCUGUGUUCCAGACAGUCAAAGACAUAACAUCAAUUAAAAAUAAUCUCUUUCACAAAAUAUGUUAAAAAUAUGCAGGUAAACUGCAGCACAGACUAUAUAUCUAAAACAAUCUUGGAUCUUUACUACAUCCUUAUAGCGGAACUGUCACUUCCUGUCUUUUAACACAAACAAAUAGCUGACUUGAAGUUGACUAAAAUUCUCUUCUUCAUAUUUUAAGUUACAUGCUUUGCUGGCAGAGGCCUGGAAAUGUGUAUAAAUAUGUUAAAUGUAGCAGUGCAUACCUACGUCAUUGUAAGAGAGAAUACAGGUCAUGCAUGCAAGUGUACAGGAUAUACGGUUAGGUGUCUGAGCCCAUGUCUGAGGUAUCAUAAGUCAGAGAUCUCGUGUAGCCUCUAAAUUGCAGUAAGGUUUUUACAUACCACCGCUUCUCUAUUCACCUCAGUUAAUGCUGUAAAAGCACAGACUGGGGUGAAGUGAACAAAAACGAAUCCAGCACAUGAAAAGUUAAUAAAUCUGGACUUUUGGGACUUCACGUGUGCUGGAUUUGUUUUUGUUGGCUGUCUUGGUAUCUCUGAGUUUGCCACUCUGGAUCUUCUUCAAACACCACAAGCAACACAAUUCCUCCCCCUAUGGUGAGUGCUGUCUAUUUUGUUUUUCUCAUCUUUUUUGGAACGGGCAGUUCCUUUUUAAAGCUUGAGAUGCAGUCUUAUGUCCACAAGUACAACUGUUGAAAAUUAUUUUUCAUAUUAGUUUGGGAAGACAUGAGCUAUAAGACACAUAUUCAGGGUUAGUUUUCAUUCGUAUAGAGUACAGCUGUAAUAGACGUUUAAAUCAUUAUAGAUAAGAUAAUAACUCUCCUAAUUUAUUAGUGUAAAUAGCAAUUUAUUCCACAGUGUUGUCUCAUACUAAUUUAAAUUUACGCUUACUUUGCGUAAGGCUUAGUGGUUUCACAUUUAUAAAGAAAAAGACUCACGUCUCUGUAGAUCUUAUAACAAUGUUAUUUACUUCUUAACAUAUUUUCAUAUUUCUUUUUAAUGAAAGAGCUUUAAUUUUUAUUGCGUGUGGUUUGUCCCCACAAAAUGAGCAGCUGAGAGACUCCUUAUUUGCACAUCAUUUGUUACUUCAUUCAUACCGGUUUAAGUCUUUUAAAAAAGGAGUUGUAUUUCAUAUGUCUUUAAAUAAAUCUCCAAACAAAGUAAAUUCAAUGUGUGAGUAGUAACUACUCCACAUUUAACCCAACAUUUAGAAAUCUUUUAUGUCCUGUUGAUUUCGUAAGGCACAUGGUCGUAUAAACAUUGCACUCCUAUUUGACAUACUUGUGUGCACUUUCACCAUACUAAUGAUGACAUAGAGUUGCCUGAUUGACAGCCUUUAUAGCCUGUCUUGUACUGGCAGCCAUUUUUACAAGUCGCUGCCAUAGUAUUUGUAAUGAACUGUGUCCCCCCAAAGAGCCUUCUCAGUGUAGGUAACACCAGGGAGAGGUGCGAGCCCUAGCCAACACUCUGCAACUAGCAGGCUGCUUCACAACUGCAAGGGCUGUGCCGACCAAUGGGAGAAGCGCUACCAUUCAAAUUGGUUUCACGCCCUUUCUGCUGAUUGGUCGGCAAAACACCUCCCAUCCCUGAAUGCUGAUUGGCCGCUGUUUUCAUUGGCCUAAACCAAGUGAUCUUGUGGAACUGUUUUCGGAUAUGUACAGAGCCUCGAGCCCAGACUUUACACAAUGAUUUCUCGGGCUCUGUACAUCCGAUCACUCAGUCAUUUGCAGGGAGCAUAGCUCGCUCGGACCAGGAGCUAUCCACUGAUGUAAGGCAUGUGGGGAUGCAUGACUGUGUAUUUUGUGGAUUUCGUGUGUGUAUCUCCCAGACACAGCGACGCCGGGGCGGGCUUAUGUUUUACAUUACUGUAGAUGGAGACACUCUGUGGGGUCUGUGCAUUAAUACUGUGUAUCUGGCUUUAAAUAUACAUGUUGUACCCUUCAUCAAGUCUCGGCUGAUGUUUGGGUAGCAAAGAGCUAUAAUCACUGCUCUGGGAUCCGUUACAGUAUUCUAAUCUUAGUGAUGAAUGCACUCUGGACACUCUAAGCACAAACCAUUUUCUUAUCAUGUUGUUAUCCUACCAAAUGUUGCACUUGCCCAGGCGAUAGUGAUUUAUAGUUAUGCAGGGAGAAAACACUGGGGGACCUGACCGCUUUCCUUUCGUUGUAUAGCUUUUGAAAAAAAGCUAAAAAGGCAUUGCAACACUGUUAAAUGUUUGUCACAAAAAAAAGAAGCGUACGGUAAAACUUUGUUGCUGUGGCUUGAUAAAAAACAAUGGGGGCACAGAAGGCUAGAGAAUAAGGUUGAAUGGAAGAUAGAUAUAUAUCUAUAUCAAAUGAGACGUGGAUAUUAAUUUUGUAUUACAAUAUUACUUUUUUACCUGUAUCACUUUUUUUUUUUUUACUGUCUCCUCAGAGUCUACCAGUCUACGAGUCCUCUACUUUAGUGUGUUUUCUAUGUUCUGCCUUGUUGCUCUUGCAACCUGGCAAGUAUUCUACCUCAGACGAUUCUUCAAAGCAAAGAAACUCAUCGAGUAA